AUGGUUUUGAUUUACAUACCAAUUUUGCUAGUUUCUCUUGCUUCCCUAUGGCUAUGGGGAAGUAAGAAAAAAGCAAAGAAAUUGCCACCAGGUCCAAAAGGAUUACCAAUUUUGGGUAGUCUUCUAAAACUAGGACCAAACCCUCAUCGUGAUCUUCACAAACUAUCCCAAAAAUAUGGACCAAUUAUGCACUUACGUUUAGGUUUAGUACCAAUCAUAGUUGUUUCUUCACCUCAAGCAGCUGAACUUUUCCUCAAGACUCAUGAUCUUGUCUUUGCAAGCAGACCACCAAUUGAGGCAGCAAAAAUCAUCGGUUGGGAUCGGAGGAACUUGAGUUUUGGUGAAUAUGGUUCUUAUUGGCGAAACAUGAGAAAAAUGUGCACUUUAGAAUUGUUGAGCCAUGCAAAAAUAAAUUCAUUUAAAACCAUGAGGGAACAAGAACUUGACCUAUUGAUAAAGUUUUUAAGAGAAAAAGCCAAUGAUAGAACAAAGGUUGAUUUAAGCACCAAGGUUUCUACACUCACUGCUGAUAUGAGUUGUAGAAUGGUUUUGGGGAAAAAAUAUACGGAUGAUGAUUUGGAUGAGAAAGGGUUUAAGGCUGUGAUGCUAGAGACAAUGCAUUUAUCUGCAACUCCUAAUAUUGGUGAUUAG